AUGGCGGCCUCAAACGAGCCCUUGGCCGACCUGGAGAGGCAGCGUCUUGAACUAGAAGGAAAUGUACGCAAACUACGCCAGUCCCUGUACGACUGGCGCAUCAGGGAAGCCGAAUACGAUGAGCUGAAAGAAGGCGUUGCCUCGUUAGAGGCAGACUGCACAAAAGAUGAUAUGAUACGAUUUGGAAUGGGGCUUGAAGCGACAGUCCUCGACGAAAAGGAACUCAAAGACCUCGUUGGCAAUAACCCCGCCAUCUCUCGAUCAAGAGACCAGGUCAUUCAGCACAUUUCAAGGAGGCUAGACUAUGUGAAGCAGAAUGUCGCAUCGCUAGAAAGACGCUUGGAAACGGUGGAAACCAACUUGGAUAAGAUUUUGGACGUUGAGCGACCUGCGCCAAACGCCGCCGAUGAACGUUAUGCUGUGUCUGAGAUUUUCGAGGAGCUGGACGAGGACGGCAAUGUUCUAUCGAGUAAAGUCUCUAAGCCAGGAGACCAGGCGCCGGACAUUAUGGAGAUGCUACAAAAUGCUGGUGUUGAAGUUCCGCAAAACUCUGCAAAAACUGCUACGACUGUCGGGAAAGUGGACGUUAAAGACCAGCAGAAUGUUGAUAAUACCGCCCAACACCAGGAGACAGUGACGACAGAACCAGAAGAGCCAGCUCCUGUUGACAAAACGGAUAUUUCUGUGGAAGAAGCACAAGUACCUACAACCAAAACUGUUACUAAGACAGAAGAUAAAAAGACAGACGACUUGAACGACUCCGACUCGGAACCGCUUAUUUCCGAAGUCGAUGAACCCGCAGAGGAUGCAAAAUUGCGCCGCGAAAUGAUCGAAUACGGCUUCCACGAAGUAGGCAAAGUUGUCGCCGAGCUCGAGAUGGACGAAGAAGGUAGCGACUUUUCUUAUGAUGAUGAUUUCGACGACGAUGACUUUGAAAACGAGGAAGAUGAAUAUGGGCGUACGACAACUGCAGUUCUCAGCGAGGAUUACCAUAAACGAAUGAAAGAGUUGGAGAAGAAGCUCAAAGAUGGUGGCUUCAUCAAUGUUGGCCCUGCCAAUACUGCUCCUGUUGAAGAUUCCAAAGAGCAGAUUGAACCCUCCGGAAUUAUGAAAACCACGUCCACCAAGGAAGAUGUCGAUGAGACACAGCCGGAGAAGAAGAAAACGAAGAAGAAAGUGGCAUUCGCCAGUGAACUUGAUAUUGCCGAUGAGACAACGCCAGCAACAUCCGAACGCAAAAUUGAGCCCACGAAGCCGGAGGCUACCCCUCUUUCUGACUCUGUUGUUGAGAGAUCUUCCUCGAAACCAACGGUGAAUGAAAAUGACAAGGCUCCAGAUGCUGCAUCUAAGAAAGCAUCCAGAUUCAAAUCUGCUCGCACUAAGGGUCUUCCUUCACCUGGUGAUUCCACCAGUCCAGGACUUGGUCUGCGACAAUCGGCUGUCAAGCAACCACAGGUGCCAGAACCAUCUUCCUCAUUGCCACUAUUCCCCGCCACUCCCAAGGAACCGAAACCAUUUUCUCAGCCAAUUGUCGUAGGCGACAUCUUCGCCAAACCUCCUCCAUCUACGAAAAGUGAACCACAACCACCACAAGGCAAAACGCUCGCCGAAAACCUCGUCGAACGGCCAGCAGUCCACAAGGACAACGCCCUCCCUCCAGACCCUGACGAAAUUGACGAUAGCAUCCACCGCAAAGAAAUUGCAUCUGACUAUUAUCGAAUGCGCAAUCGCAAAAUACGGCAGAGUGGCGGGUUCAUGAAUGAUGAAGAGGACGGCGACGACCGCGAACUUUAUGAGCUCGAUGAAAAUGACCAGCCCAAGAGGCGGGUAAGCAAGUUCAAAGCUGCAAGACUGCGGCCUUGA